CCACCUCCGUCCUCCCCUCCUGCAGGAUGAAGCUCCGAGACCGCCUCCGCAGGGCCCCGCACGUCACGCCCCAGGCCCUGGUGUGCACGCCCGCCCUCGCCGCCUCCAUCGCCCUGCAGCAGAGCGUCCAGAAGGACUCCUCCGACGCCCAGGUCAAGGAGGAGCUGCCCAUGACCCAGCUGGAGGCCCCGACCCGGAAGCCCAAGGACCGCCUCAGCGCCUUCGUCAACGAGGGGUACGUGAGGGACCUGUCGCAGCGGAGCCUGUCGGUGGCGAGCACGGGCGCCCUCGGACACCUCAUCACGGAGGUCAUCGAGGAGGAGAGUUCGAGCGACGUGGACAACAGCGAGAGGAUACUGUAAGCAUACUGUUCAGGAAGCCAACGGAAGCGAUCCUGUACUUGCUGUGCCUUAUAUCCGUCGCAUGGAAAUGAGGAUACUGUGAGGAUACUGUUCAGGAAGCCAACGGAAGGACACUGUACUUGCUGUGCCUUAAUCGUCGCAUGGACAUGAGAUACUGUG